AUGCCAUUUGAAAUGAAAUUAAAGAAAAACUGUUUGUCUGAUUCUGAGGAAAAGGAGCAGGAGCAUAGAUUUAUAUUUAUUGCAGCAAAGGGAUGGUCUUCUUUGAGGUUUGGUAAUUUUGCAAGCAAAGGAGAGAUUUGGAUGGACAAAAGCAAGAGUUUGAAUUUGGUAAAUCUAGUGCAACUCUGCGUCACCAACAAAGAUCUUUUAGCCGGCAAGGUUCUUCACGCUCGACUUCUCCGUCUCCGUCUUUUCUAUGACACUUUUCUCUCCAACCACUUCAUCGAACUUUAUUCAAAGUGUGAUGAAAUUGCCUCCGCCCACAAUGUGUUCGACAAUAUACCUCACAAAAAUAUCUUUUCCUGGAAUGCCAUUUUGGCUGCCUAUUGCAAAACCCGCAACUUGCAACGCGCGUGCCGUCUGUUCCUGCAAAUGCCUCAGAGGAAUACCGUCUCACUGAACACCUUAAUCAGCACAAUGGUCAGGUGUGGCUACGAACGCCAAGCAGUGGAUACCUACGAUUCGAUGAUGCUGGAUGGAAUUAAACCCUCCCACAUAACGUUCGCUACUGUUUUUAGUGCUUGUGGUACUUUGUUGGAUGUGGACUGUGGCAGGAGAAAUCAUGGGUUUGUGGUCAAGGUUGGUCUUGAAAGUAAUAUAUAUGUCGUUAAUGCUCUUUUGUGCAUGUAUGCUAAGUGUAGGCUUAUUGUUAGAGGUGUCAAUUUAACCCAUGGCUCCAGGGCCAGUCCCAACCCACUAUUGAAAAAGUCCUAUUUUAAGAAGCCCCUUGAGUAG